AUGCGAUCGACAAAGCCGGCGAAAGAAGAGGACAACGGCAAGCUUCUACCACGGAUAUGCCCCGCUCCGAGCCAGCCUGGUGCACUAUCGGAUACCAAACGCCGCUGCCCCAAAUCUGUUGGCUGCCCUGAUAUGGAUAGGUCCCGCUUCAUGGGUAUUGGUGAGCCGCUGCAAGACGAUUCCAGGCAGGUCGUUGGUCCUGAUGUGGUCACAAGCCAUGCUCCGGACGUUGUAAACCACUACAGGACGUUUGCAGGGCGUCAGCUUGUCCUGGCAUGGCCACAAGCUGUGUCCUAG